UUACAUGACUAGAAAUGAUUGACUCAGUCAGAAUAAGAAGACAGUGCAGCUUGGAUUUUUACUCUCAUUAUGAGCACCUCUGUGCACUUGAAGGCUGUGUCCCUCUAGCAUCUGUGAAAGCUAAGAAGCCUCAUGGUGUUCUUGAUAUAAAUGCAGAUCGCAUCAAAACUUCUGAUUGGGUACCCCUCCUGAAUGCUAUCAGGCACAACAAAACUUUGACUUCUAUUGCCAUAAAGAGUUUUCACCAUCAAGGACAUGGAGACUCAGGUGUUGAAAAACUGGGGACUCAUAUAAGACGAAGAAUUCCAGCAAUUCGAUCCAAAGACUUGGCAGGUCAACUAUGUAAAGCUAUCAAAGGUUGUCUGAUGAUAUCAAGUACCCUGGGAAAUCUGGAACUACAGGGACUGCUUUUGAGGGAAAAAGACUUAAUAUUUUUGACAAAAGGGUUGGCUAACACAUCAUCUUUAGAGAGACUAUCUUUAGCACACUCACCAAUUGGUGAUGGAGGUUUGGAAAUUAUUUGUCAGAGUGUGAAGAAUUCAGCUUGCAUCAAAUCUAUAGAUUUUACAGGGUGCAAUUUGACCUGGCGAGGAUCAGAACACAUAGCCAGCAUCUUAAAGCACCAAGCGAUGAAAAGACAUGGUGAAGCUUGGGCUGAGAGCCUGCGGUAUAGGAGACCUGACUUGGAUUGCAUGGCUGGCUUGAGGCGCAUCACUCUCAACUGCAACACACUUAUUGGUGACCGAGGUGCUAAUGUUUUAGCUGAAUGCCUGGGAGAAGACCUGUGGCUAAAAGCACUUGAUUUGCAGCAAUGUGGAAUUACCAAUGAGGGAGCAAAAUCAUUCUUGGAUGCAUUUAAGACUAAUGCAACACUAGUGGUUUUAGACAUCAGAAAAAAUCCAUUAGUAGAACAUGCCUUAAUGAAGAAAAUAAUUGAAAAAGUCCUGAUGAAUGCAGAUGGAACUAAUUUGGAGUAUAAAUGGCUUGCAUCCCCAUCCUCCAAAGAUGUUAAGAAUAAACCUAAAAAAAGAACAGUUGUCUUGGGAAAUGGCAGGAAAGGAAAAGCUACUAUUCGUAUUGUAAUUUGGCGACACAAAGGAUUUCCUUCCAAAAAAUCCUUGAGUCCUGGUAGGACGACUUCAUGUGAUCAAAACAACUAUGCUCCAAAGCCAUUGCCCCCAGAAGCACAUGGUUUUCUGCCUUGGCGUACAGCUGAACGUGCAAGACAGCACAGGGUUUCAUCUGGGAAGAAAACCCAUGAAUUUCCACUGCAAAUCCAGUCUGGUAUUCCUGUGAAAGUUACAGUAGAAAGUGCUUCUACAUCUGAAACUGAGACCGAUAUUGCCAUAGAGGAUGCUAUUUGUGAAACUGAUGCCACAAAGUCUCCAGAAAUAAUUAACUUGAAACAAUGCCAUCAGUUACAGAUGGAUUAUGAAGAAUGUCAGCUAAGCUUAAAAGAAGAACGAAAAGCAAGGGUAACUGCAGAGGAACGCAUAAUGGAGCUGGAAGUAGAAAAUGCCCGAUUACGGAAUCUAAACUGCUCUUUGUCAGAGGUUCUCCAUGCGCAGUCAGUAGCCAGCACAAUUCUGGAAGAUGAAGGAGUUUUGGGCAGUAUUGAGAGCUCAUUCCAAAAGUUUCAUGCUUUUUUAGAUCUCCUUAAAGAUGCUGGACUUGGACAGCUUGCUGCAAUGGCUGGGAUAGACCAAUCAGAUUUUGGCUUAUUACGCCACCCGCAAAUGACUUCUACUCUAACUCAACCCGCAAUAACACAAAGGGAGAAGUCCUUUGAAGAAGAAAGACAAGAACACAUUGAGAAUUUCAAAAAUGCUGGAUCAGCUGUUCUUUCUGGUCCUGUCUACUUCCAGGCUAAUUUAGGUCUAAGUCAAGUUGCAAAUGAAGUCCUUCCUGCUACAACAAAAGUACAAGAGCUUCAGGUCAUUGGUCAGUCUCAGCAAAGCUUAUGGCAAGACAUUGAAGGUAAAGGUGGUAGUUGGAGAAUGGAAGAAAAUGUAUCAAAAAUCAGCCAGGCAACACCUUCUAAAAGGUGCAGCCAACCUGUGGAAUUGGAAAUGAGGGAUUCCUCUAAGAGGCAACCAGUUAUGAGUCAGCAUUCAAUCUCCGAUCCCAGUGUAAAUGUGUAUAGUGGGCAUAGUAACAAAUUUAGUGCCCUAGCUAGUGAAAAUAGUAAAGUUAAUUCAAAAAGACUUCCCUAUACUGCAAGCUUUUCUGCUAGAGGAGAUCAAAGUAUACAUCAAAGUGUUCCUUCUAGAAAUGACACAAUAGCAUCUGAUUCUGAAAUACAAGAAAGCAUCCAUUCUAUGACAAGUGUUUGAAAAAUCCAUUCCCAAUAGGUAGAUUGCUAAUAUUCAUUCACUGUGUGGGUCAUUUGAGAGAAAUGUAUUCUUAAACUUUAUGCAACAACCUACACUCUAUGGUUCUACUUCAUCUCUAUCUUCUUGCUAUGUAAAUGUUAGCGAGAAUACUUCUUGGCAGUAUCAAAAGGAUUGGUUGUGCAUUUUCCGUUUAUAUAAUUUUUAUAUUGAAUCUUGUGUUCAGUUAAUUCUCAUGUAUAAUUCUAAUGUGAGUAAAGUUUUAAAAUGAUAGUUCCAAAUGAAUAAAAUGACUGAGUUUUUAUUUUAUUUCUUACUUUAUUAUGUCAGUA